AUGUUAUUAAAAGAGAGAGGUUAUUAUUGGAGUAAUGGGUCUUUUUAUUAUGGAUAAUGGAUGGAUAACAAAAUAAGCGGAGUGGGAUUAUUCAUUAAUAAUGAUAAUAUUAUAGUGGGUUAAUUUAACAAUGGACUUUUGCAUGGAUAUUGCUAACUCAUAUACUCUAAUAAAUUCAAGUAUUGCAAAUACGAGAACGGCUUAUAAGUAGGAUUGAUAAAGUACGAAUACUUCAAUGGAGAAACCAUUGUGGACAAUACCCAAACUUAAGAUUAAGAAGAAUUAGACAUCAUAAACAAAUUGAACAAUUCCUAUUUUUUGAUACUAUUGAAAACACAACUCAAGAAUUGGAAAUUGAUGAAUGAGACUUAGCUCUACUUUAGUACUCUCAUCAAUUAAAACUAAAAUGAAAACAGAAGGAUCGGAGUGUUAUAUGACACUAAGCAGAAUAAGUUUGAAUAUGGCUACUUCCUGAAUUAACAAUUAGAUGGUAAGGGAGGCAUAAUUUUUGAGUCAGGAGACAAGUAUAUCGGGGAUUUUAAAAAUGGAUAAUUAAAUGGAAUUGGAAUAUUCUAUAACAAAUCUGAAAAUCAGUAUACCUAGAGUAGAUUUAAUAAUAAUGAGAUUGUUGAAAUCAUUAAGCAGUCCAAAGAUCCAAUUUCGCUAAGAAAUCAAUGGCAUCAAAUACCAAUUCCUGAAUUGAUAAGCAAGAAUCAUUUGACACCUAUUAAGUAAAGCAAUUACUACUCUUCUAAAAAUUUCAGUACUAAAUUAUCAAGAUCAAUAAGUCCUAUGAGACCUACUGUUUCAGUUAAAAAAUAGGCUAUGUAUUCACAAAUAAAAAACUAUCCAAAUAUAGAAUAUAAGUUUGGAUCAAUUCAAAGUCAUUUUGGAAAGGACGAUCUCAACAUCAUCAAGCCUUAUAGGAGCAAACAGAUUAAUAGUUAUAUCAAGCAGAGUACUAGGAUCGACGAUUAAAGCAUCCUAUAAUUACAUUAACAACUAUUUGAUGAUGACUAAAAUAAAUUUAAGUUAUUUCACAAUUGA